AUGAAGUUCAUCCUUUUCUUGGCCAUUGUCGGCCUCGCCCUCACCUCUGUCUUCGCUGAGGACAUUCCCACUGAAGCCCGCAGCCGCAGCUAUCGUCCCUGCCCAUGCAAAUGCCUCGUUGGGCGUGGUGCCAGACGUGCCAUCCGUGCUUGCCGCAGCUACCGGUUCCGGUUCCACUGCGAGGUGAGCACCUGCUACUACCACGGUAAACCUGGUACGCAGUGCUGUGACAAGGAUGAGCCGAGACCGUCCGCGUCUCCAUCCAGCACCCCGUCGGCGACUCCGUCCCCGUCCCCGUCAAAGAGCCCCGAACCACCCAAGUGUCCGUGCACUUGCGGCUCCAAGAGGGACGCUAGGCGUGAGUGCCCCUACAAGCCGUACUGUCAGAUCAUGAAGUGCCCGCCGCCCGAGGUCCACCACCCGGUCCCCCACCACUACAACAAGCCGAAGCCUGAGUUCAAGUGCUGCUACAAAUCGCAUGUCGCCCCUGUCCACUAA